UAAUGUCAAAACUGUUGCUCAAAGUUGAAACUUCAUCCCCAAAAUCCAAAUCCAAAAUCAAGUAAAUAAUAAAUAUUGUUCUCGUUUCCAAAAUAAAUAAAUAUUUAAUAAUAAAUCUAUGUUCACGUUAAGAAUAUUAAGUAGAAUAUUUUUAAAUACAUUAAAUAUGUCAAAGGUCUCAACUGCACAAAUGAAUACGGCAGAGAUAUUAAAACUCGCACAAUCAUGUAUACCUGCAUUAGAUAACAAAAAACAUAAAGGUCAAGCUGGCAGAAUAGGAAUAAUCGGGGGUUCAUUAGAAUACACAGGAGCUCCCUAUUUUGCAGGAAUAAGCGCUCUUAAAGUAGGAGCUGAUUUAGUACACAUAUUUUGUGCUUCACAAGCUGCUACAGUUAUUAAAUCUUAUAGCCCCGAGUUGAUUGUUCAUCCUUUAUUAGAUGACAAGAAUGCAGUUGAAAAGAUUUCUCCUUGGUUUGAAAGAUUGCAUGCAAUUGUUAUUGGACCAGGAUUAGGCAGAGACAGCAACAUUUUUUCAGUCACAUCUGAACUCAUAAGAGUAAUUCGUGAAAAACAAAUACCUUUAGUUAUAGACGCUGAUGGUUUAUUUCUUAUAACUGAGAAUUGUAAUCUGAUACAAGAUUUUAAUUCUCCCAUAAUAUUAACUCCAAACAAGAUAGAAUUUGAACGUUUGUGUAAUAAAAUAGAUAUAUCAUCAAAACUAAUUAACAAAGGAAGCAAUAUAACUAUUUUAAAAAAGGGGGAAAUUGACGAGCUUCUUAGUCCUAAUGAUAAUGUUCGGUGGAGUUCAAAUAUUGGUGGGUCAGGUAGAAGAUGUGGUGGCCAAGGAGACAUUCUAUCUGGAUCAAUAGCUACAUUUUUGCACUGGACUUUACUUGGUACGGAUAAUAUUUACAACGGAGAAAAUGAUAAACAACUUGUAGCUUCAUCAAUUGCAUGUUAUGGUGCAUCGUUACUUGUUAGGAAAUGCAACGAGGAAGCCUUCAAAAUAAAGGGACGGAGUAUGUUAGCCACUGAUAUGAUUGAGUACAUACAUACUGUUUUUAAUGAUUUAUAUGAAAAAUAAUUACAUAGAAUUGUAAAUAAUUGGGUGUAAGGAUAAAAAUUAUAUUAUGAUGUUUA